CUUUGUUCAGAUGGGUCUGAUUACCUUCAUGGGUGCCCUUGCAAUGACUAUACUUUACUUUCAAGAUCAAUUGGUUGGAAAAUACUUUACCGCCGCACCGGGUGCAAUCCUGGGCAAGACAUAUGCAAAUUCCAUGCUAGCCGUGCUGAAUGCCAGGAAAUCUAUCCGUGAUCAGCAACAAGCCCAAGCACUGCCAUUGGAAAUUCCCACUUUACCGAGUAUCCACUAAACUCCACUUAUGAUGGUGUAUAUACAUACUCCUCGCAAGUACCCUAUAGUGAGGUUUUCGGGUAGACCGACUCGGUCAUCACUGGGCACCGCAUUAGCGCCCAACAUGUGAGACAUCCGGGCCUAAAUGAACAAAUGACAGAUGCACAUAGGUUUGCCUUGAGCGGUUC